CUUAAAUCGACGCAGUUCUAAUUCCAAGAUGUGUUGCUAGAGGCGCAGGAAUGUUUCUUCAAGAGUAACGUUAGUACUGAACGGGACUACAAUAAGUCACUGUUAUCGCAUAGAGAAAACUCAAUCAAAGUAAUGCGAUAAAUACAAAUGAAUAAGGAUGCGUUAAACCUAAUCGAAAAGUAGACUAAUAAUGCAGGUGCAAUUGUGGUGGCAAGCGCUCACGGGGUUGUCAUCUUAAGCGAUAACCUUAUGCGAAUACAGCAAAGUCUGCGAGUCUGAUAUGUGUUGGGGUUUUGCCAGGGAAAAGCAUGGGAACGUUUUAGAUUGCUGAAUCCGUUUUACCAAGGACAACAGCUAGCUGGCUAGCUAGCGUAUCUAGCUAGCUAUGCUAGCAAUAUUUGUGUUUUUUAACGCAAUGACAUUCACUUUCUGAAUAUUUAAAUUAAAAGAGACGGGUUUAUUAUAUUGUUAUUUUUUUAUUUUGGGGGGUUUGGUAUUGUGAUAAACUUUGCGAUCUUACUACAUCGAAACCUAGAACUAGAUAUACAGCUAGUUCAGGGAAGGUUGGACAUGAGCGGAGAAGCAAAAAGUUAUGUUCAAGGAGGAGAAUCGUAUGCGGCAAAUUCCUCGGGACCAAAGGAAAAUGGGCAAAACAAGUCUAAUUCAUCCAGGAUUAGCAAACCAACUCCCGUGGAUCCGGGUGAGGAGUCGCAGUCUUCUACAAGUGAUCUUACGCAGAUGUGGACGCAGUUGGCAAAAACAUUUGUAAUAAUUUUCCCUAUAUACGUAUUGGGGUUUCUUGAGUUCAGUUUCAGUUGGAUUUUAAUUGGACUGACAAUAUUCUUCUGGUGGAAAAAAAAUCAAGGACGCAAGAACAGCAGGCUUAGCAGAGCUUUGGCAUUCUUUGAAUACGAAGAGAAAGCCGCCAGGCAAAGUUUGCCAAGUUCGGAGCUGCCACCAUGGGUACACUUUCCGGAUGUGGAGCGGGUAGAAUGGUUAAACAAGACGGUGAAGCAGAUGUGGCCCUACGUUUGCCAGUUUGUGGACAAGCUGUUUCGGGAGACCAUCGAGCCGGCGGUGAAAAGUGCCAACGCUCACCUGAGCACCUUCUCCUUCGCCAAAAUCGACAUGGGGGACAAGCCCCUGAGGGUUAACGGGGUGAAGGUGUACACCGAGAACGUAGACAAGCGGCAAAUCAUCAUGGACCUGCAGAUCAGCUUUGUGGGAAACACAGAAAUCGAUGUUGACAUCAAAAGGUACUACUGCAGGGCAGGCAUCAAGAGCAUCCAGCUUCAUGGCGUGCUGAGGGUGAUUAUGGAGCCAUUGCUUGGAGACAUGCCGCUGGUCGGAGCCCUGUCCUUGUUCUUCCUGAAGAAACCUUUGCUGGACAUUAACUGGACAGGCCUGACGAAUAUGCUGGACAUUCCGGGAUUGAACGGCCUCUCCGACAGCCUGAUCCAGGACAUCAUCUACAGCUACCUGGUCCUGCCCAACCGCAUCACCAUUCCUCUGGUGGGCGAGGCUCAGCUCGCACAGCUGCGAUUCCCUGUGCCAAAGGGUGUACUGAGGAUCCACUUCCUGGAAGCCCAGGAUCUGGAGGGGAAGGACAAGUUCCUGGGCGGGCUAAUCAAGGGGAAAUCGGACCCAUACGGUGUCGUUCAGCUGGGAAACCAGCUGUUCCAAAGCAAGACCAUCAAAGCCACCAUUCAUCCUAAGUGGAACGAGGUGUAUGAGGCCAUGGUGUAUGAGCACUCUGGCCAACACCUGGAGAUCGAGCUGUUCGAUGAAGACCCCGACAAAGAUGAUUUCCUGGGCAGUCUGAUGAUUGAUAUGACAGAGCUUCAUAAGGAACAGAAGGUUGAUGAGUGGUUUGACUUGGAGGAAGUCUCGACAGGGAAGCUGCACUUGAAACUGGAAUGGCUUUCCCUUCUCUCAACUCCUGAAAAGCUUGCCCAGGUCCUCACGAGUAUCCGGGCUGACAAAGGCCAUGCCAACGAUGGCCUUUCAUCUGCUCUGCUGGUGGUCUACCUGGACUCUGCCAGGAACCUUCCGAGCAUCUUCGAAGGGAGCAUUGGGUGCGGCUUCUUAAGGGAGAGGAGAGCUUCGGGCCUAGUCUUUUGUGAGAAUACUACCUCAGUCUAUAAAACGUUAUUUUCUGCCAAGAAAGUAAGCAGUGACCCCAGCCCUUAUGUGCAGUUUACUGUUGGGCACAAAACCUACGACAGCAAGGUACGGUACAAGACCAAUGAGCCGCUGUGGGAAGAAGCCUUCGCCUUUCUCAUCCACAACCCCAGGACUCAGGAGCUGGAGGUUGAGGUGAAGGACGACAAACACAAGUGCACCCUGGGAAGCCUGAGCGUGCCCCUGCAGCGGCUCCUGGAGGAGGAGGAGAUGACGCUGAACCAGAGCUUCCCGCUGAGGAACUCCGGGCCCAGCUGCACACUGAAGCUCAGGAUGGCUCUGCGGGUCCUUUGCCUGGAGAAGCUGAUGGCGUCGGACCAGCCCUCCUCGGUGCAGGUGAGGAAGGCCAGCGCCAGCGUGCCCCCACAGAGGCCCCCCGUGCCCGAUCCGCCCCGCCCCACCAGCGACCUCCCCCCCUCGGCCUCCGCCUCCGUCCUGGAGCUCCACCGGCGGGCGGAGAGCCCGGACCAGGUGUUCCCGGGGAGCCCGGUCCGGCUGGCCGACGCCGGGAGGAGCACCUCCAACCUGGCCAUCUCCGGCUCACACCCACACCUGGCGCACAAGGAGUCCACGCCCAGCAUUGCCUCCGACCUCUCCAUGCCCUUCGCCACCCAGGAGCUGCAGCAGAGACUGCGGCAGCUGCAGAAUGGUACUGCUGCCAACCAGUUCCCUCUGGGAGAGAUUCAGCUCACGGUUCGACACAGCUCUCAGAGGAACAAGCUCAUUGUGGUUGUGCACGCUUGCCGGAACCUCAUCGCUUUCACGAAGGAUGGCUCGGACCCAUAUGUGCGAAUCUACCUGCUUCCCGAGAAGAGCAGGACCGGCAGGAGGAAGACCCAGACGCUGAAGAAGACCCUAAACCCAGUGUAUGACCAAACGUUUGAGUUCAGUGUGUCCAUCGUGGAGCUGCACAGGAGAACCCUCGACAUCGCUGUGAAGAACGGGGGCGGCCUCCUGUCAAAACACAAAGGACUUCUGGGAAAGGUGAUGCUGGAUUUGAUACAUGAAGAGAUCUCCAGAGGAUGGACACAGUGGUAUGAUCUUUCCGAGGACGGAUCACAAAGAAUACAGCAGGCCUAGACGGGCACCACUCCACUUACCCAAGCUCUACAUGUGGACUCCAUGCUUCAAACUCAUACAUGACAAAGAUGGUCAGCUUUUCUAUGGUGUUGCAUUGUAUCUAAUGGGCACAUAUUUGACAAAUAUGCACAACCAGGAGUUUCAGAUGUUUUAUAUAAUUUACUCUGAAGCAUCUCAUUCAGUUCCAAUGUUCUUUUCCAGUUGUUUGUCUGUGUACUUGUGUUCAGGGAAGCAUGAGGGGCUGUCAGUAAAAUUCCAUAUUUAAAGAACCGCAGUUGAACUUGGUAAAGAAAUAAAAUAAAAUGAAAAAUGUUCCAGAAUGUGUUGCAAUUGAUUUGCUGCCAUGUUUUUUCUGUGUGGUCAAUGGCGUGAGAUAUGAAUAGGAACUGUGUGAUAAUGAAUCUGCUGAAGGUUUGCAGUGGGAAGGUUUACGGGUCAGUACUGCUUUGCCAAAAUGACUGUUUCUUUCAAAAAUGAGGAUUUCUUCUCUUUUUUUUUCUUUUUUUUUUAAUUCAGUCACCAAAAGAAAAAAAGGUUUAAUCUUCAUUAUAAUCAAGUUUGGACUUUUGGUGCUGUUCUCAUUUAGUGAUUACACUAAAAUGUAAUUAUUUAAUUGUAUUGCCUAUGUAUGUGCACUGUAUGCUGAAUGUAUGUACUUUAUGUAUGUAUUCAUAUCAUGUUGUAUUUUUGUUGGUCAUCCAAGGGCAAGUUUUUUUCUGUACUUUCAAGUACAGUAGUUAAAAAUGCGACAUUUAAAUGGUCCCAAAUGAGAGACUCCAUUUUGAAAUUGCAUGCGGAUAAUUACUUCCAUCAAAGGAACAUCAAUAUUCAUAUCUUAAAUGAGAGCCAAUGCCUUAUUUUGAAGGGAACGUGAACAUCACUCUUAUUUUUCUUCAUAGACAUGAAUCAUGAGUGACCAUAGUACCCUGAGGCAUUGGAGUGCUCUGUUUAAUUUCUGUUAAUUAACUUUAAUUGCUUUGUUACUUCAUAAAUGAAUGGUUUUGGUAUCUGGGACCUAACUAAUAGCAGAGUCAUUAAGGAUAUGACUUAAUGUCUUUGAUGGUCUAAAUAAUUAAUUCAUCCAACUGUAUAAUUUAUUUUUUAAUAAAAUAUCUAUCAAUAAGUGUGUCAUUUUUAGACGGGACCUCUUGGCUCUGUAAAUUUUGUUGAUAAUUAUGAAAUUGUUUCCCUUUUGUCAGAAAAAGAUAUAUGAUUUGUCAUAUGUCCUGUUUUCUAAAGUGUUAUUAGCUAUUUAUGCCAUCAAAUGAAAAUGACCUCCAAGUUCACUCCCAGUUUCCAAUGUAAGAAGUUUUGCCUUCUGUAUGUAUUUUAUCUUGUGCCUUAAACACAAAAUUAAAAGAUGUAAAUGUCUGAAAUUUGAAAUAUUUGGCAUAAAGAAUUAAGUUUCCUUGUUUGAGAAUGUUUCCUUACAGCUUUUAAAUAAUAAAGAGCCAGAGCUCUUUAUGUGCUA